CGCGAUCAGUCAUCGUCGGUGGAUCGAAAUGCAAACUGCUUUUGCCGUUGCUGCUCGUCAUCGUCACCGCCGCCUCAAUAAAUAUUCUUGCUCCAUCAGCUUCGAGUGAAAAAAAAGAUAAUCUUGUGCCCCAGUAGUGCGUGUGUGGCUCCAUUCGCGUGGAAGCACCGGAAGUGGACAAUCUCUCACGCAGAUUCCGAUUCGGGAGUGUCCGGUUCUUCGGUGGUCGCGUCGCGAAAUUCCUUUUUUUCCGCUGGCAGCGAGAAAAAAUCGUGAAUCGUCUUCUUCCAUCAUCGUGUCGUGGGUUUUGCUGGCCGUGUGAAAGAGCAGGACGACGUGUGAUCAGGAGCGAGGAGCGGCAAGUGCAGUGCGCCAAAGCGAGAAAGGAAUGGUAGCAAAUUUAGUGAGCUGGUGUGUUGAGGGGGUGAAGGAAAAGUGGUGGUGAGAAGAGAGGUAAAAAAACGGGAGAAAGUGUUACUUUUGGCUGAUUUUUGCCCAGUGUGCGAAGAAAAAGGCAUAAAAGUUUUGGAAGUGAUUUUGCGUGAAUUCCUGUUGAUUGGGCAGGUUACUUGGAUUACGGCCUUGCGGAGGAUUCCAACUGGAAGCAGGAAAGGAUAGCUGUGUCGUCGCCCAGUUCCAGUGGAGUGGUGUUGGCCGAUUUUUGCUGCCUUCGGUUUCUUGUGUAUGUGUUGAGUUGUAGCCCCUGCUAAAGGGGUACAAAGUGCAAUCGGUUCACAAUGGGGAAGCUACUGUCCAAAAUCUUCGGCAACAAGGAGAUGAGAAUACUGAUGCUGGGUCUGGAUGCUGCCGGCAAAACUACUAUUCUAUAUAAGUUAAAAUUAGGUCAAUCGGUAACGACAAUUCCAACAGUCGGCUUCAACGUCGAAACCGUAACGUAUAAGAAUGUUAAAUUCAACGUGUGGGACGUAGGCGGACAGGAUAAAAUUAGACCAUUGUGGAGGCACUACUACACAGGCACACAAGGACUCAUAUUCGUAGUGGAUUGUGCAGACCGAGAUCGAAUAGACGAAGCGCGGCAAGAACUGCACAGGAUAAUCAAUGACCGAGAAAUGCGGGAUUCCAUCAUACUGAUAUUUGCCAACAAGCAGGAUCUACCAGAAGCAAUGAAACCUCACGAGAUCCAGGAAAAACUCGGUCUGACGCGGAUACGCGACCGCAACUGGUACGUGCAACCGUCAUGUGCGACGACCGGCGAUGGCCUGUACGAAGGCCUAACGUGGCUCACAUCGAAUCACAAGUUAUGAGAGUAAUUGUUGCAACAACCUAUCAGCAGUUAGCAACAGUAGUAACAACAACAAAUCCCCCUAAAGUCAGAAUACUGUGAGCUCGUGAUCCUCUCCAGACGGUCGCUGUCAUCAUCAUCAUCAUCACUGGAGAACGAAUGAUUACGAUGAGGAUGAAUUGCAAGAGCCUCCGCACGCGCACUAGCAAAGAAACGGAUGUGUGGGCGAAUGGGGAAUGGAUGAACGUGUGAUGUGCGAUUCAUAGGAGUGAACGAGUAAAUCCGCAGCGUGAUGUUGUGUGAUGUUGCCAAUCCUUAUUAUUCCUAGAAAUGUUACAUAAAGCGCACUCCGGUGCGUUUCCCUCCAGAUAUGAAACAAACAAACAAAAAAAUGAAACAAGCAACAACUCUACUACCUACUGCUAUUAUUACUAUUAUAUACUAAUUGCUAUCAUUACUACUGUCGGAUACGCUAUUUCCGUAUAUCAUUUCUGUUUCGGUUUUUACACACUCGCGCGUAUAAACAGAAAUAUACCGUAUAUUUUACCCUUUCUCUCGGAAUGUUGGAGAAAGGCAUAGAACAACGGGUGUCAUCUUCAUUCCUGAAGAUGCAUAAUGUUAUAGAGCAAAACGGAAAGAUUAGUCACUUGAAACUUGGGCCAAGAUGCGUUGUUACUAAUCAUCGUCCAUCACACUUCGUGCUGAUGAAUAACUGUCUGAAACUCUGUCCCAUCUGCUGUCUUGUUCAACAGCACAGCCAGUUGAAAACACAAAAGCAUGUCAGUCGCCCAUCAGGUCUGUUAUUCCAGUUAUAGUAUAGCAAAAGUUUGCUGGGACGAAUCGAUUAUCUUUUAUCGGAAAUUCCGAUGCAAAGAGGAAUUAACCCAAAAAAAAAGAGUAAGGUAGUGUGUUCAAACUGACGAAGGCAAAUCCACAACCUAAACUAACAUGCCCCAACCAUGAAAACCUAAAGCAACAGAGAGCGAAAGCAGUCGAACAAAAUAGGAGGGACGUAUUUUAUUUGUAUAUAUGGUCGAGGGAUAAACUAAGCUAAUUGAUUGCAACACAAAGCUUGAAGAAUAAAAGUAAACAUAAAAUGAAAAAGUGAAAAUAUUGAAAUAUUUUGUAAGCAAUUGUAUGAGAAUAUGUGGCGAAAUGUGGUAAGUUGCGAGCGAAUUUCCAAUGAUGAGCCACCAAUAAGCACUACUAGAUAACGAAAAACACAUGAAAAAAAGAACAAGAUAGCGUCAUGAAUCGUUCAUAUUCCAGAGGAGUAUACAUAUAUUGUACAUAUUAUAGAUGGCAAACCAACAUAGCAAACACAUAAUUCAAUACUGAAACAAAAUGAAGGAAACCGAAAACAGCAAACACAAAUAGGGAAUUACAGAUAACAUGAUAUAACUAUGCAAUCACCCCCCAAACUAAUGGAUAUUAAACUUUGCGCAGAAAUCUGAAUCCAUUCACCACAAAAGUGUGUGCCAUUUUAUGAAAAGAUUGUUCUCGGAUCAUUUUGUUCCGAGAAUGAUGUAUUUUCUCCUCGAAUGGCACUCUGCUGCAGUUCUCUAUCUACUCCGCUCCAUCUAGUAAAAAAAUGCAUUGAAUGACGCAAUUACAAUAGUGUUACUGAAAACGAUUAAAAAUUCACAAGCAAACGAAAACGCAGGAAUCCGUGCGUGCGUGAUCAUCGUUCGCUAUUUGCUUGCUUGUGUGAAUGUGCAAGGGUGCGUGUGCGAGUUUGAUUUUGUGUUUCAGCUGUAAGGAUCCAUGUUGUUUUUAGUGUAGCUUUGUGAAACAAGCAAACGAAUGCCCCCGCUCCCCCCACGAACACCACCACUUUUAUCGCGCCUUUGAUUAUUAUUUAUGUUGACGAUUGAUCGGUCCAUUGCCUCAUGUUUAAAAUAGUUAGGUCUUAUUUUCUUGCGUUCUUGUCGUCGCACAGAUUUAUUUUUUUUGUUUAGAUUACUAUUUUGUGAGAUGAAAAGGAAGCGAUAAGAAAAGGGAAGAAGUAACCAUUUUCCUGGUAUCAUCGAUUAUGUACUAGUUGUUUAUAAUUAUUUCAUCAAAGUACUGUGACGUGGAAGAUAGCAGCGAAGGUUAAUGCAAAUAUUGAAGUGAAAGACGUUUGACUCACCACACACAAGCAGUUGUUGAGAGUUAAAGAGAAGAGGGUGUAACACACACGCAAAACAAAAAAAGAAUAUGAUUGAACGAUAGGGAAACUCGAUGAAGAGAAACAUUAAAUAAAAUGCUAAGAUGCUAAAGGGAAAACAUGAGAAUCGAAACACAUGAAAACAACACAGUAAAGAAAAUAUUAUUAGAAAUGUAUUUUAGCAUUUAUAGCGAACAAGAAAAACAACUGAAAAACAGAUUCAAUAAAACUAGAAAUCUACA